ACCACAUACACCCACUUUCUUUCCUAACUCUUUCUCUCUAUAAAACUAACAUCUUCUCCACUUCUUCCUAUUCAUUUUCUCAAUCACUCUUACCUAACAACAUUAAAAUGUCUCCCUCCAUUCUUCCCACCCUCUUAUCCUUCCUCCUCCUCUCGGCUUCCGCUCUUGCUGCUGAUACAGGAAAGAUCGGAAUAAACUACGGACGAAUAGCGAAUGAUCUUCCGACACCAGUCAAGGUGGUACAACUCCUAAAAACACAAGGCGUAUCACGUAUAAAGCUCUACGACACUGAUUCUGACGUACUAAAAGCUUUCUCAAACUCAGGAAUUUCACUCACAGUUGCUCUUCCUAAUGAAAAUCUCACAGCAGCAGCUGCAAGUCAAUCCUUUACUGACACAUGGGUUCAAACCAAUAUAGUACCAUUUCAUCCGGGUUCAAAUCUUGUUGCAAUCGCAGUAGGAAACGAAGCGAAUGUCGACCCAAAUAUAACCUCUUACGUUACACCAGCCAUGUCUAAUGUACAUGCUAGUCUACAGAAAUAUUCUUUAGAUGAUAAAAUUAAGAUUUCAUCACCAAUUUCAUUUUCUGCACUACAAAAUUCAUACCCAUCUUCAUCUGGGUCGUUUAAACAGGAACUUUUAGAACCUUUUAUUAAGCCUAUGCUUGAAUUUUUGAAGAAAACUUCUUCUUAUAUGAUGGUUAAUGCUUACCCAUUUUUUGCUUAUUCGAGUAAUUCAGAUGAAAUUUCAUUGGAUUAUGCUUUGUUUAAGCCUAAUGCUGGUGUUGUGGAUUCUGGUAAUGGACUUAAGUAUGAGAGCUUGUUUGAAGCUCAGUUAGAUGCUGUUUAUGCUGCUAUGGAUGCACUUAAAUUCAACGACCUCAAAAUUGUUGUCACUGAAACAGGUUGGCCAUCUCAAGGAGAUGAAAAUGAAGUUGGUGCAAGUGGCCCAAAUGCGGCGGCCUACAACGGUAACUUAGCCAAAAGAGUAUUGACUGGUGGUGGGACACCCUUGAGGCCCAAUGACCCACUAGAUGUUUAUUUAUUUGCUCUAUUCAAUGAGAAUCAAAAGCCCGGCCCAACAAGUGAGAGAAACUAUGGGCUAUUUUACCCAAAUGAACAAAAAGUCUAUAAUGUCCCUCUUACGGCGGCCCAAAUUGGAGAUGCGGCGGUGGCUCCCGCGUCGGCCAACAACGGUAGCAAGGUGGUGGUCCCACCGACAGGUCAAACUUGGUGUGUGGCUAAUGAGCAGGCUGGGGAAGAGAAGUUGCAAGAUGGGCUUAAUUGGGCUUGUGGUGAGGGAAAAGCGGAUUGUCGGCCCAUCCAGCCUGGUGCCACGUGUUACAAUCCUGGUACACUUGUCGCACAUGCUUCGUAUGCUUUCAAUAGUUAUUAUCAAAUGAAGGCACGUUCGACUGGUACGUGUGAUUUUGGUGGAGCUGCUCAUGUUGUCACCCAAUCUCCGCAAUUUGGAAGUUGCAAGUUUCCUACAGGCUAUUGAUUAGAAGAAAAUGAUGGUGGCAAUUUAAUCAUAGAGUAGUUUUAGUUGUUCUACACUACUAAAUGAGCUGUUAAGUCGUUGGGUUUAGAGGAUAUAGGUUCAUAGUAUAUUCUUUUACAUAUAUGUUCCUCAUUUUUCCUAGACCGAUUAUUUUAGAUAUUAUUUAUUAGUUAUUACUAUUAUAAAUGCAGUAUAUAAUGAUGGAUUUCUUGGUA